ACUGAUGCUGUAACAACCCAAUAGCCUGGUUAAACUCUCUGCUGGAGCUUAGUUCCCAAAACUUUUGCCAGUUUUAUUGGCACAAAUGGGCUAAGCCAUGAGCAUCCACACUUAGCCUGAGUCUGGCCAAGAUCUCAAAAGCCAUGUGCCCCACUGGCCCAGAAUGGAGCAGCUGGCAGUCGUUCUCUUUGGUGCAGCCCUUCGAGUAGGGUGACCAGGUGUCCAGUUUUGGACUGGUCCAAAAGGGAUCCUGGCAGCUCCACUCAGCGCUGCUGACCUGCCCGUUGAAUGUCCGGUUUGCGCCACGCCGCAGCAGGGCUGGCAGGCUUCCUGCUAGCCGCUGCACUACAGACCGCGCGGCUCCCAGGUCGGGAAGCAGCCGACAUGUCCGGCUCCUAGCCUUGGCGGCUGCCGGGGGGGUCUGCUGCUGCCCUGCUCUCAGGCGCAGCUCCCAUGGGUGGGUCAGGGCAGGGGAGGAACUAGCACCACUCAAGCACUCCGCAAGUGGCUGCUGAGGGGUUGCGUGGCACGCGUCUCUCCCGCUGUUGCCCGGCCCUCUUCUCCUCGCGUGGCAGGGCUCGAGCUGCAGCACAUGCCCUGCCGUGAACCGUGGUCUGUUGCCCAUUGCUGGCGCCCAGGAGUUGAAGGAUGAGUGUACUGGAUUGAAGAGCACUGGGGAGAAGCAUGUAAUAUACUGCACCUACCCUGCUACAUGAGAGGGAGAUGAACAGGCUGGAACAUCCCCAGGGCCCUGAAAUUGGGUUGAAAAGCUACAGCUGCAUGCCCACCCUUUCUUUGCAAGUGGAAGCCACGCAAAGGUCUCAAAGUUGUUCCGUCCCCUGCUACAAGAAGCAUAAAGAACAGUGUAGACCCAAACAGGAUCAGGUUGUAAAGACGCUGAUGACAGACCCAUCCUCACCUUUCAGAAGAGUUAAACCAGUGGAAAAUGAAGGAAGCCAUUGGUCUGUAGAUGAUAUCCUGACAGAAGAUGAUGAGGUGGACAGAGUCCCACUGCAGAAACUCAAACUCUUAGGGGAGUCUAAAGAACUGAGAAGCUUACUACUCAACCCCCAUCUGCAGCAACUUCUGUUAACUGUAGAUCAAGCCAAAGAAAAAGAUUCCCUCAUGAAAACAUAUAUGCAAGAGCCAUUAUUUGUGGAAUUUGCAGACUGCUGCUUGAGGGUUGUUGAACCUCCAGAGAAAGAGAAUUGGCUUUUGGAGUGAGAGACUCUUCAGGAACAGAACUAAUCAUGAAUUUUUCUAAACCUGGAAGAAACGUUUUAUUACCAUGUGCUUUGCUGAAACAGCCUCAGAUGGUUCUCCCUCUCCCCCCCACCCAGUAAAACAUAUUUAACUCCUGGAUGUCUGCACUCUAAUUCUCACCUCCCGCGUUGUCAUAUGGUAAGCUUUGUCACAGGUGGUUGAAGAGAGGAAUAUGUAUGCAUCUACUAGGUGUAAUUGAAGGUCAGUGUUUUAGUGCUGUGACUUACCUUCUCUUAGUACAGGUUCCAUUGCCAACAGCAGCUGUGCUAGGAAGGAGAAAGGUUAGAUUAAGUCCCCUCGUGUUUAAAACUUUAUCCUUCAAGCAUUUGUCAAACCUUGCUGAGAAAUUAGAGUCCAGAGAGCUGCACAAGAUAUUUAUUAAAAUGCUAGGUAGAGAAGAACAAACAAACAAAACAUACAUUUCCCUGCUUCAGGUCAAGCAAGAGGAAAAGAGCCCUUUUGAGCUCUCUCUUGCUCUAAAGGUUCCCAUGCUAAGAAACACUUCUGCCCCUACAGAAUCUGUGACCCUAAUCCUGGGGAUGGAUGUGACAGUGAAGGGCUCUGGACCUUAGCAGCACCAAGAGGGUGAAAGUCGUUAUAUGCUUUUAUCUGAGUUUGGACCAAUACAAUCUAACUGCUUAAAAGCAGCAUGUUAAUUUUUCUUCAGCUGGUCAGAUACAUUGAGCCCAGUCUUAUGAUCCCACUUUUCCUGAGACAGUUGGGUCCAGCACUAAGCUCCACCAAUUCUUGCAUUUUAUUCAUAAGCAUUAGCAACCUGCUGAAUUUUAGUGCUCUUCGAGGUAAAUGGCUGUAUGUUUGCCUCGGGGGGGGGGGGGGGGAGAUUGGGGGACGAUCCCUAGUAGUGUUCAGAUUUCUUGAAAAACUCAGUUGUUUUCCCUAUGCAGUGGAGGGCUGAAAGGAUAUUUUACAUCAGAUCAUAGAGCUAUUUGUUCAAUUAUUUCCCCAAAAAUAUUUUAGUUCGAUUAAAGGUUGUUGUGAUUUUGUUUGUCCUACUGUAGUGUUUUCUUGGUAUUAAUACUUCCUCUAUUACCUGUAGGAGAAAGUAAGAAAUCUGUGCUAAUGACCAAUAUAUCUGCAAUAUUUACAUAUGUGACUGGGGGAAUCAAGAUUCCAGGGUAGCAGCAGAUAUUUUUAAAACCGAUCUGUCUCAUGCAGGAAUAUUGUAGAUAGAUUAAAACAUUUAGAAGCAGCAGCUUGAAAGAAGUCGUUCCUUGAAGGAAAAAGUGCUAUAAAUAUUUACGGUGGCUAAAAGUUCA